CGCAGUCAGUCGAUCAAAGCCAUUGUAGCAAGCAAGCAAGCAAGAGAAGCCUGCGAUCAGGAUGUCAGAGGCCACAUCAACACAAUCAGGACAUGGACUGGAGCGUGGCGUCUUAGCCCUCGCCGACAAGCCAGGCGCGUUUCGCUACCUGACUCGAGGUCUCACGUCCUCGAUCUAUGCACUAGACCUGCCAUCAGAAGGGAACAAGGGUCUAAAGGUCAAGCUGGCCAGGUAUGGCGCAUCUUCAAGCUGCAUCGUCGUAAAAUGUGUCGAUCUGGAAGACGAAGCCAGGCCUCACAGUGUCCUCAAGGAGAUUCGCCUUCUGCAGUCACUUUGGUCAAGUGAUACUAAGGGCGGGGAGGGACGCCGCUUCAUUGUGCCCUUCCUUGACACGAGCGAAGACAUUCCCGACGACUUCACGACGAUCCAACGCGUCUUUCUCCCCUACUACCCUUCGACCCUCACCGAGUGGUUGGUGCACGAUGCGCAGCAGCAGGGCAACAGUGAGAGUAGUGUCGAUGCUCGCAAUCGCUGCUCAUUCGUAGCUCGAGUGGCAUAUCAGCUCUUCUCCGCCCUCUGCUUCCUCCACUCACAGGGCAUCGCUCAUCGAGAUGUCAAGCCUUCCAAUCUUCUACUCACCCACCCGGCUUCCUCCUGCCUGCAGCAAUCGGAGAAGGUCGAAGUCAGGCUCUGCGACUUUGGCACCGCUCACUCCGGUGUCGAUGAGCAAGGAACGAGCAGCAGACCAAAAACCUGCUCUACCUCCACACACCCUUACACCCCACCGGAGCUUCUCUUCAGCCCGCAGGAUGGGUACGACGGAACCAAGGUGGACGUGUGGGAGGCUGGCUGUGUGGUGGCAGAAUGUUUUGGACGCUUGAAGGAGACAUCAGAUCCUGUUGUUGAUCGGCCGCGGACGGAGAGGAUUGGGGAGAGAGGAAGAGGGGGAGGAGGGAGCAUGUGGCCAUCUGCUGCGCUGGACUUCUCAGCUCCGUCAGGAUCGAAUGGUUCUGGUUCUGGUUCAAAAAGAGCCAGCCCGGAUGAUGGACUCUUGGGCCCGCCGCUGCGAGCGGCACCUGGUACGUCUGCAUCUGCAGGAGCAAGUGGCGGCAGGAUGAUGCUCGGCUCGGCAUUUGACGAUGGUGAGGGAGAAGAUGAGGACGAGAAUGACUUCUGGAAGAAGCAGGAGGCGGAUCUGUUUAAGCAGGACGGUUGCGACGGCCCAAAGAGGACAGCAGGAGGUGGCCUCUUCGCUGGCUAUCUGCCAAAGCCAGCAGUCGGCUCCAACGGUACCAGCGCUGCGCCAGGUCUUCGUCGACCACUGUCUCUCGCCGACGACGAUGAGGACGACUCCUUCGGAGCCCUCCCAGCCGACCCUUCGUCCGCCACCGUACAGCGCAGCUUCAUCCGCCUGCCCCUCUUCGGCGCGGCGCAAGGCGACCUUGGCCUGGCAGCGGACAUGUUCACCUUGCUCGGUCUGCCUGAGCCGGACCAAGCACAUCUUUGGCCUGAGGCAGUGAGAUUCAGGCCGCCACUGGAUCGGAUGCCGUUUGUGAGGAAACCUGUGGCAAGCAAGGCAGAAUUGGAAGCAAAGUUGAGGGAGAGACUGGUGGAUUUGUAUGGUCAAGAGGCGGAGGAUGAAGCGGCAAAGGCAAUCAGUGAUGUGCUGCUGGGUUGCUUGAGGCUUUCCGCGGAGGAGAGGUGGGAUGCGAGGAAGGCGGCAGACCGAUUGGCCGCAGUCGCGGUAAGUCAAGCGAAUGAGGGCAAGUGAAAGGGCCUUGCAAGUGCACAGAAAGCAUGACAAUUAGCAUUCAAUCAUGAAGGUAGUCUUCCGUAGCAU